AGUACAAGCGGUCCGAAGCAGCUGAUACAAGCGUGGACUGCUGGGGCAAGAUCGUCAUUUUGAGAAAUGAAAGUGGCAGCUCUGGAAAUGGGAAAUGGAAGUGAGAAAAACCACAUGAGAUGGCGUGAGUUCAAGAUCAAACCCAUCACCCAUUUUAUAACUAUCCGAACCGCGAAGAAGAGAGCUCGAAAAAAAGCGAAAAAACGCAUAUAAAGGAGGACGAACGAACGAAUGAACAGAAAGAGCCAAAAACCCUAAUCCCUAUAUAAUAUUUGAUGAGAGGGAGAAGCGGAGUAUGAGAGAGAAGAUGGCGAGAGAGAGCGAUGGUACGAGGAAGGACGAUCAGGAGGCGUGGGGGACGCUGGAGGAGCUGUUGCUAGCCUGCGCCGUGAACCGGCACGGGACGAAGAGCUGGGACUCAAUCUCCACGGAAGUUCGGAACCGGAGUUCGAACCUUCAGGUGUUCAGUCCUCAGAACUGCAGGCGCAAGUACUACGACCUCAGACGGAGGUUUACGGACGGCGGCGACGAAUCAGAAAUGGACGGCGAUAGGCUGGCGGACAUGGUCGACGAGUUGAGGAGGCUCCGCGUGGCGGAGCUGCGGCGCGAGGUUCAGCGGCACGACGUUUCGAUCGUGUCGCUGCAAUUGAAAGUGAAGAGAUUGGAGGAAGAGCGGGACCGGAGCUUGAAGGAGGAAGGAAAACCGGAUCUGAAGGAGGAUCAGAAAGACGGCGAGGACGCGGAGAAGAGACGAUCGUCGCCGGAGACCGACGCCGGGAAAUCGGUCUCCGGCGAGGACUCCGACCGGGACGGCGGAUCGUUCGACGAGUCCAAUUCCACGAAUCAGAAAUGUGAGAAUCGCGGGGAGGACGCGCAAGCGAAUCUCGAACCGGCCGAGACCGCCACAAUCGAACCGGAUCCGGCUCGAACCGGGUCCAAACAGACCAGAGACUGGUCGUUCAACGCGUGCGACCACAACACGUCGGGGAAAGACACCGAGCCCGCAUCGGAGGGAAAGUCGUCGGGUGCGGCGGGCGGAGGCCGCGAGUCGAACUCAGUCUGGGAAUCGGCGGCAGCGGAGUAUAAAGGGGUGGGGAUGGGGAGAGAGGGAGUAAAGCAGAGCAGCGACAUGCAGAGCUCGGCGAGUUUGUCGAAGGGGAAACGGCGUCGUAGGGGCGGAGUAGCCGUGGUGAGCAGCAGCGGCGGCGAGGAGCCGGAGGCUGACGAGAUUUCUCCCGCCACAAAACCUAACGCCGCCGUCAAAUCUCAGCCGUUGGUUCGGUUCCUCGACAUCAUCCGAUCGCACAAGUUCGGCUCGGCGUUCGAGCGGCGGCUCCGGAGCCAGGAAACGGAGAGGUACAAGAACGUGAUCCGGCAACACAUGGACCUCCGAACGGUUCGGUCCAGGCUGGAGAAAGGAGCCUACUCGGAUUCCGCCCAACGGUUCUUCCGCGACCUCCUCCUCCUCUUCGGCAACGGCGUCGUCUUUUUCCGUCGCAACACCCCCGAGUACCUCGCCUCCCGCGAGCUCCGCUCCCUGGUCCUCCGAGAGAUGUCCAACCACCGCAUCCGAGCCCCCCGACCCUCCAAACCGGACCCGAACCACCAACCCACCCACACCUCCACCCAAAAGCAAAACCCAAAACCCUCUUCGCCGCCCCCCGCGGCGGUGCCGGUAGCGGCAGCGGCCCCUGUAGGGUUCCGUAAACGGAGCGGCUCAGCUGCUGCGCCCAUUAAAGCCACGCCCGCUGGUCCCCCCAGCAGAAACAGAGAUCGAGAAGAGAAGAUUAAUAGUAAUAGUAGCAGUAAAGGAGGAUCGGCGACGUUCAGCGCGAAACCGAAGAGCGCUGCUGCCGGUGCUUCGCCGGAGGAGAAGAAAGGCGCGGUAAUGAAGAGAAUGAUGAUGAUCAGAGGAAGAUCGUUUUCCGGUAAGAGAACUACUACGACAUCUUCGAAGCCAGUGAUUAAGAAAACUGAAAACGGUACUAAAGAAGUAAGCAGGAAGCGCGGAAGUGAAAGAAGCAGCAGCUCCUCUUCCUCCUCUGAGGAGGAGAGAGAAGAAGAAGUUGACGGCGUAAAAAAAGCAGAAGAAAAUAAAGCGGCGUUGAACAAGAAAAAGCAGGGGGCGGCGGAGUUCUUGAAGAGGAUGAAGCAGAGGUCGCCGCCGUCCAAGAAUAACGAAGUGAUGACGACUAAGAAUAAGAAUUAUAAUGACGACAACGAGGAUGAUGAUGACAACGAUGAUAGUGGUGACGAUAGCGAUGACGAUGAUAACGGGAGAGAGAGAAAGGAGGCGAAGAAGACUAUGAGGAAGGGUGGCGGAAGAGCUGCCCCGGCAGUGAGGAGUAGUAAUGGUAAAGCGUCGAGAGCAGAGGAAGUGAGUGAGAAAAGUAAUAAUAAUAGGAGAGUGGUGAGGGGGAAGAAGAGGGGUGUUGGGAGGCCGCCGAAGAGGGGGGCGGCGGUGAGCCCAGCACCGCCGCUGAAGAGGGGGAGAGAGAUGAAUGGUAAUAAUCAUAGCAAUGGGCGGCCGGAAAAUGGGAGGCCGACGAAACGUUCUAGGAGGUAAUAUUUAUAUAUAUAAAGUGUAAUAUGUAGGUAAUGUAUUCAUAAUAUUGGUGCAGUAUAUUAUACAUGUUUUCAUGUUUUGGCGUUUAAUUAAUUGAUUGAUUGAUUGUG